GCUGGUAUAUUUUAUAAAAUCAUAAACGGGCUCACUUCACCAUUCUCACAUGCACACUGCCGAAAUUUGUUAAAAUUAUUAACAACCGGUGAAAUAACUGUUUGACUAAAGCCAACUUUCAUCAUAAACGCCUGCAGCACCAGCAACUCAAUCAAAAUGGACAAGAACAGCGCAGCGUUAUACAAAAAGAUGCAGACCGAGGUUGAGUCAUACCAGAACCUGCAAAAAUCCUGCGUCAAGAUGGUCAAACAGCGGGCCAUGCUGGAGAGUCAGCUGAACGAGAAUAAGUGCGUCCUGGACGAACUGAAUCUUCUGGGUCCCGACAACAAGGUUUACAAGCUUUUCGGCCCAGUUUUAGUCAAACAGGAGCUGGAGGAUUCGCGCCAGAAUGUCGGCAAGCGCAUCGAAUACAUCUCCAAGGAGCUUAAGAGUUCCAGCGAUACCCUGGAAAAUAUGGAGAAGGACAUGCUUAAGCAUCGGGAAGCCGUGGGCAAAUAUCAACAGCAAUGGCAGGUUGCUGCGGCCAUGAAGUAAAUAUGUCCUGGACACAAACUAUUUAUAACUCAUUUUGGAAUAGCUUAAUGGCUUUUGUAACUCAUCUGGCACGACCGCUUCAUUUUAAAUCCAAUAAACACAAUGAAAGCUAA